AGUGGAUGUCACUUAUCUAUGUAACACUUACUGAGUUGUUCUAAUAAAAUGGCGGGAUAAUAAAAGAAGACAUCAAAUAAUUGUUGAAGAAUUAGACAAAAAAAAACCUAAGACAAUGGAACAAUACAGAGAGCCAUUUGUGGAAGGUUGGGAGUUUGUUCAAACCCUUGGGGAAGGUGCUUAUGGAGAGGUAAAGCUUGCUGUUUGUCGGGCCUCAAUGGAAUGUGUUGCUGUGAAGAUCAUACACUUAACUGAUAGCACAGUUGAAGAGAAUGUAAAAAAAGAGAUUUGUAUACACAGAAUGGUAAACCAUAAAAAUGUGAUCAAGUUCUAUGGCUACAGAAAAGCCAACAACAUUCAGUAUUUGUUUCUGAAAUAUGCCUGCGGCGGUGAACUGUUUGACAGGAUAGAACCUGACAAAGGCAUGAAGCUAAGGGACGCGUUGAGAUACUUUCAUCAAUUAAUAGAGGGAGUUGAAUAUUUGCACAGCAUCGGGGUAUGUCAUCGUGACCUGAAGCCUGAGAAUUUAUUGCUGGAUGAAAACGAUGUGCUUCAGAUCACAGACUUUGGUAUGGCCACUGUGUUUAGGUACAAAGGUGUGGAGAGAGAGGUCAGCAGAAUGUGCGGUACAAAACCUUACACAGCCCCAGAGGUUCUCAAAGGAACACCCUACAGGGCAGAGCCAGCGGAUGUUUGGUCUUGUGCUAUUAUAUUGGUCACGCUGCUGGCAGGCGAGCUCCCAUGGGAUGUCCCUAUAAUGAGAGACAGAAUGUACAGGCAGUGGAGAGAGAGAUGCAUCACAAAGGAACCAUGGAAGAAAAUGGACACACUAGCACUUUCAUUAUUUCGGUCUGUGCUGGUUGAAGACCCCAAGAGACGCUACACGAUUGAACAGAUUAAAAAACAUCAGUUCUACAACAAAACUUUUGCUUUGCAAGAAGAGGAAGAAAACAGCUGCUCGUCAUCAGGUGUCAAGCGUAGAAAUUCACUUCUGGAUGAAAUGGGACAUUUGUCGUCACCUCAAGGAGUUUUCUCCCAGCCAGACAGGUCAAACAAUGAAAACUCCUUAUCUCCCCUGGCUGAGGUCAGACAUCCCAUUAGCUUUUCUCAGCCAGCUCAGUCUGACGACCUUUUGCUAAACUCACAGCUGCAGUGUACCCCUGCAACCUCUCAGACACCGUUCCAAAAACUGGUUCGUAGAAUGACAAGAUUCUUCGUACUGACCACAAGGCAAGAGACAGUCAAAGCCAUGACAGAGCUGUUAGAAUCUCAUGGCUAUGUCGUGAAGAAAAACUCUAGCAUUCUUCUCACCGUCAGUACCGUUGACAAAACCAAGGCUCGACUUAUCUUCAAAAUUUGUCUGAUUGAUAUGGCAGGAAACUUAUUGGUAGACUUUAGAUUAUCAAAGGGUGAUGGUCUAGAGUUCAAACGCCACUUUGUUAAAAUAAAGGAAAAAGUAAAGCAUAUUAUUCGCAAGACUCCACCCAGCUGGCCACAAGGCGGUGUCACUGACUCAGAGUCAGCGGCCGACAGACUCAGUAAAAGGCUUGAGGCUUCUAGCCCUGAAAGCCUUACAGCUUCAAAUAGUUCUGAGCUUCCGGGGUCAUCAGAAGGUCCUUCACGUUCCACGUCAAACUCUAAACCUAAGAAUGAACUUUCUGACUCCACCAAGCCCUCCUCGUCUAAGGCUACAGCCUCUAAAAAAGAUUCCAAACAGGAAAGACUUGAUUCCAAACAGGAGCGUCCUGCGAAAAGAUCCCGUCUAGAAAUAACUGAGGAGCGGGAAGAUAAAGGGUCUACAAACUCACCAGCAACACAUUUCCUAGAGUUGCAAAGAAGGACUACUAUGUAAACAUGUUGUUGUGUGUUUCGGAUUAUUUAUAUUUCUUAUUUUAUUGUUUCUGUAACUGGUAAGUAAGUUUUCUUUUAUUUUCAUGACAUAUAAACUCUAGAUUCAUCCUAUUUAUAAAUUAUUUAUUCUGUAAAAAAUUUACCUGACCUAUUAGGUUAAGUUGGUUAGCUUUAUUUUUUAGUCUUCUAUUUUCUCUUAUUUAUUUAAAAAUUAAUGUCAUGUAUAGUAUACAUUCUUUAUGACAGCUAAAAGCAAGCUUAGAGACCUUUAAAAUGAUUUUUUUUUUAAGCAUUUUAUUUUUUGAGGAAUAGCAAUUUUACUUUUUUUCUUAAUUUUGUCAAAAUGGAAAUGCAGGUUAAGGAGUGAGUAGGCCUACACUCUAGCUCUAGAGUGCUUUGAUCUACCAACAGUACCUUAUAUAAUAUGCUAUUUAGAAUUUACAUUAAAUUAGACAUUAAUUUCUGUAAAUUUAUGUUGCCUGUUUUUUUAUGUAUACUUCUUUCAAUUCAUAAUGUUAAAUGGAUUUAGCCAGAAAUUAAGUCUGAUUGUAUAUGAUGCAGACCACAACAGUUUUAAAGAAUUUUUUUCCAUACAAUUUAUGAUUUCAUCUAAAGAUACAACACUCAUUUUAAAUUUGGAUCUAGUUCUAAAGUUGUUUUUUUUUUAAGUAAUAGUUAAAAGAAAGUUUGCUUGAUGAUCACACUAUUGUUUUUUUCAUGUAUAUAUACAUACAUUUCUGUUACACGUUUCUUUUGUUAUAUAAUAUUAUAUUAAGUCUUUAGAAAGUAUAAUUAAUUUAAAAUUAUUUCUUACCUUGUCUGAUCAUUUUGCUUCUUUGUGUAACAAUUUAUUUAUUAUAAUCAUUUGUAAUUAAUAACGCUAAUUUAUUUUUGUUUGUAUGUAAAUACUUAAUGUUUACCAUAUCCGUCUGGAGCUAUUCCAAAAUGAAGUUGAUCUAAAUGCUUCUUCUUCUUCUUCCUCAUUCUCAUUAAAUUAUGUUGGAGCGUUCAGAUGACUAGACCAGUACAUGAGAUGAACUGCGCAGUGGUUUCCAAAUCAGGGAGCUCUCCUUAUAGUUUUCUUUCUAAAGGGGUAUUUUGGGGCCAGGGUUUUUUUUUUUGGGCCUCUUGGUAAAGAGUGCAGUUUUGAAGGACAUGGUCAGAAUUCUCUGGUGACACUCCACAUGGGCAGAUUCCACUGGUUCCAAUUCAAAAUACGCUGCUCUUUCUUGACAUUUAAAGUAGUUCAUGUUGAAACUCAAACCUUUUUUUGAUGUAUAAUAUUAAAAUACAUAAUAUAAGAGAACUUGACUUAAGUAAUUUAACAUAAAAUCAUUGUCUUCAAAUCCUAAGAUUAAGUGCAGCAUUUAAUGGAAUGGGUUGCCUGAUCAGCCGGGAAAACCAAUGACUUGGCAGAGUUUAAGUCAUUGAUUAACAUGAACUAGAUUGACACACAUGAAUUGCAUAGGAUUAAAUUUUAUCUUCUUUUUUGAAGCAAUGUCUGUAAUAUAUAAUAAGAUAAGAUUACACAUGUACACAAACCCACUUCUGACAGGUGUCUAAGAUUUCCUUUUGUUGUCUGCAUCUUUGGGUCUCAAAUAUGUGUCUUGUGGUCUUCUUGAGAGCACUCCAGCUGUCUCUUUCAGUAGGACAGUUUCUGCUUAUGUGAAGAAGAAAAAUAGAAUCCAGCUAAUGAUCAGUAGUCACCAGUACUGUGUGGACAUUUUAUUGUUGUCAACUAAAUGAAACAGAAUUUAGGAUGUAACAGCUUUUGUUUUUAAUAGUCAUAGUAAGAAAGUUUGUUGUUAAGAAAAGUGUGAAAUCAGUAUGUGUACUAUAGAUCUAUAUCAUAAUAGAAUAGAAGUUAGAUAUUUGGCUGGGGUAGGUUUGGCAUACAAGCUGGGUUGUUAUGUUCGUUGAUGAUCAUUGUGUUCAGACUUGGUUCAAAGUGACGAUCAUUUGAUUUACAUAACGACUAGAAAAUAUUGCGAAUGACGCUUUUUCAGAAAAAACAAACAUAUAUAUAUAUGAGUGUUUCUCCAGUAUAUAUAUUCAGUGCCAAUAAGUCUUGAAGUUCAAAAAUGCAUUUUCAGUGGACAAUUUAUUUUCUGCCAUAUUGGAAUAGCUCCAUGAAAACCUUUGAUGAAUCUAAUUUAUGAUAAUUCUAUCAGUAUUGACAAUUUAGUCAAUGGAAAUUAAUAUUAAAAAAAAAGACAAUUCUGUCCUCGUAAGAUGGAGGAAUCUUUGACAUGUUGUUGACAGAAGUCAGAAGUGAGGCAGCUGAAGUUGUACAGUAUCUUUUGAAUUAGUGUGUUUUCAAAAAUUACUUUUUUUUUUUUUGUACUGAUGUGAAUCUGUGUAUUAUAUAUUAUUAUAUAUAUUUAAUUUUUUAAAAUUUUAUUUGACUUGUAACCUACUGGGAUAAAAAGAGCUUAGUAAAUCAGUUUCACUACCAGCAACAUCAAAAUAGUAAAAAAAAUCAAAUGUGUUUUGGGUAGGGAUUCGAAAUUCCGAUUAUCUUGCAUUCGUAAAUUAUUUAAUAAAUAAUGUCUUAAAAUAUAAUGAUCUUCGUACAAAAUGGAAUUUAAGAUUAAAAAUGUAUAAUAUAUAUAAAGCUUCAAGUAUCAUUUUAAUCUGUCUCUAGAUGUGCCAUUAUCUGUUUAUUUAAACUUUUACUGUUAGAAGUUGAAUCAAGCUUUAAUAUCAUCAUAGAGAUAGCAUGUACAAAAACUCGUUUUUGUUAUUAUUUUACAUAAUUAGAAUUUCAUAAAUUUGUUGAAAACUUUGUUAGUCUGCAUAAAAUGGUCCAUUGUCUCAUUUUUUUUUUUUGGCAGUUGAAAAACUUAUAGUUUUCCGAAUAUCAUAUGUUUUAGAAUGUAACACUGCAGGAACAAUUUUAUGUUAAAUAGUUCAACGUUACCAUUAUAGAUGUAAACUCUUGGUUUUUGCUGUUAUUUAGAUAAAUGUAUUUUCUUUGCUUUAUUAACCAUGUCAAGGACAUUUAUUUCUGGGAUUUCAAACUGCAUGCUAGAGUAAAAGUUACAUCCAGUAUUUUUCUUUUUAAUUGCUAGUUCUGCAACUUUGUAUUUCUGCAAGUGUACCUGAAACUUUUGGUAGCAACAUCCACAACCAUGAACUAUCUAGAUUUUAAUUCAUUUAGAUUUACAUUUUUGGAUUACAUAUAUUCAAAUA